GGUAAUGAAAUCAAUCUCUUCGAUUCUACUUCUUACUACUUCUCUCUCUCUCUCUCUCUCUCUCUCUUAACGAACUUCACCCUCUAUUCCAUUCCGUUUUGGUUCCAAAUUCAAAAAGAAAAAUGUCAAAUUACAAUUCUUCUUCCCUCUUCAUCUCCUUCAAUUCUCUUCUUCUUCUUCUUCUUUUGGUAUCACUAUGUCCAGAACUGUUCCAUUCAGUACAUUCAAGAACCUUCACGGGAGACAUGCAAGUUCUGAAAGAUCUGAAAAACGGGUUGAAAACCGGUUCCAUAACACCCGGAUCCUGUCUGAGCUCUUGGGAUUUCUCGGUGGACCCCUGCGACCACAUCUUCACGCAGCGCUUUACAUGCGGAUUCAGAUGCGACCGAAUCGUCUCGGGCUCUGCUCGGGUCACCGAGAUCACUCUCGACCAGGUGGGUUACUCUGGCUCUCUCGCUUCCACCUCCUGGAACCUCCCUUACCUCCACACUCUGGACCUUUCUUUCAACUCCUUCUCCGGCGAAAUUCCCGACUCGUUCGCCAACCUAUCACGCCUACGUCAUCUAAGCCUCUCCGAGAACUCUCUCACCGGUUUCGUCCCCGAUUCGCUUGGCGAUCUUUCUCUCCUGGAAGAGAUUUACCUCGAUGGUAACUACCUUCGCGGCCCAAUCCCAUCGAGCUUCAACCGCCUCAUCAGCUUGAAACGGCUCGAGCUCCAAGGCAAUAACUUCUGCGGCGAGAUUCCCAUCUUGGAUUCGCUCAAAAACCUGUAUUUUCUCGAUGCGAGUGAUAAUCACAUUUCUGGUGAAGUCCCCUCGCCAUUGCCGACUUCACUGGUGGAAUUGUCGAUCCGAAACAACAAUCUAGAAGGUGAUAUGCCGAGUGGUUUCGGUAAUUUGGUGGUUCUUCAGGUACUGGAUCUGAGUCACAACGAGUUAAGUGGGCGAGUGAGCUCGUUUCUGUUCGAUCACCCUUCGCUGCAACAACUUACGCUUUCUCACAACAACUUCACGUCAAUGGGAGCUCCAUAUAAUAUGGGCGUUAAUAGUAGAUUAAUAGCGCUUGAUCUGAGCCAUAACAAGCUCCGAGGUCUGUUACCAGCUUUCAUGGCAUUCAUGCCGAAGCUUUCGGCUCUGUCUCUGGAGCAUAACGAGUUUACAGGGAUGGUGCCAUCUCAAUAUGCAGUGAAAGCGGCCAUUCCUGGGGCAGGAACGUCGUCGUUCGAGAGGCUGUUACUGGGUGGGAACUACUUAUUUGGGCCGAUUCCUGGGCCUUUGAUGGGCUUGAAGCCUGGUUCAGCUAACGUGAGCCUGGUGGAUAAUUGCUUGUUUCGGUGCCCAGACAUAUUCUUCUUUUGUCAAGGUGGGCGACAAAAGUCGUUGCUGGAUUGUAAAACUUUUUCGCGUUUUAUUCCUUGAUAAAAUUCCAAAUUACCUUCCUAUAUGACCACCAAGGAAGAAUUAUCCGAGUUUGUGGUUUUGACCGUUUAACGUUUAAUAUUUGUUAGGAAACUAGAAUGAAGGUACUGGUUUUAAACUUUUAAUUAAAUGUACGAGGCUCAUUUUGUGAAAAGCUCGUUUUCCUAUGCACCAUUGCUACUGUAGCCGAUGAUGCUUGCACUCUAUACAUUUCAUUAAUUUCACAUUUUGACUUCCAAGUCUGAAUUCAAACUAAUUCCAAAGACUGGUCAUUUUCU